UUCCUCUCUGCGCCGCGCUCUCUAUCUCACUUGCUCUCAAAGUAAGCUUCUUCGAUCUUCCUCGUAUACUUUCGUCUCGAACCAUAAGUGUUCUCUUGUACCCAGUGACAAGCUCACUUCCUAGGAGAAAUGGCUGAAUCCAAAGUGGUGGUUCCAGAGUCUGUCCUAAAGAAGAUCAAGAGGGAAGAGGAAUGGGCAUUGGCUAAGAAACAGGAAGCUGCAGCUGCUAAGAAGAAGAGCGUUGAGAACAGGAAGCUUAUCUUCAAGAGAGCUGAGCAAUAUGCUAAAGAAUACGCAGAGAAGGAUAAUGAGUUGAUCCGUUUGAAGCGUGAGGCUAAGUUGAAAGGAGGGUUCUAUGUUGACCCUGAGGCUAAACUGCUCUUUAUCAUUCGUAUCCGUGGAAUCAACGCUAUUGACCCAAAAACCAAGAAGAUUCUGCAGCUCUUGCGUUUGAGACAAAUCUUCAAUGGUGUGUUCCUUAAGGUGAACAAGGCAACAAUCAACAUGUUGCGUCGUGUUGAGCCUUACGUGACUUACGGAUACCCAAACUUGAAGAGUGUGAAGGAGCUAAUCUACAAGAGGGGUUUUGGAAAGCUGAACCACCAGAGGAUAGCACUCACCGACAACUCCAUAGUGAACGAAGCUCUAGGAAAGCACAACAUCAUCUGCGUGGAGGAUCUGAUCCACGAGAUCAUGACCGUUGGACCUCACUUCAAAGAAGCCAACAACUUCCUUUGGCCAUUCCAGUUGAAGGCACCACUCGGUGGUCUCAAGAAGAAGAGGAACCACUACGUUGAAGGUGGUGAUGCUGGAAACAGAGAGAACUUCAUCAACGAGCUUGUCAGGAGGAUGAACUGAUGAUAAAGCUUCCUUCUAUCAUCUUUUCCCCAUUUCUUAGUUUUUUUUUUGUUUGGAUUGGAUAUGAGUUGUUUUGUUUUGACCAUGUGAUCUUUAGUCGAAUACAAUCUUUGAUUAAUAAACUUUGUUUUUCAAAAUCUUUGUUGAUCACAUAUUUGAGUUCUUA